UUUCGUUUUAAACGCCAAAGUGUGAAUUUCAAAGGAAAUCAUUUGAAUUUGAGGCCUUGUUGACACAAUAUACAUAUCUUGUAUCAUUAUAAUCCAACUAUUCAGAUGAAUUAGUUUUAUUAUAAUAAAUUACUAAGGAUUUUCUUUAGGACUAUAUCCUUUAGCGGAUGGUCACUGAUGCCUGAUGUAACACUCAGUCAUCUGUAGUCCUCGCACUGUAUUCGAAUAGCUGUUGUUCCAUUGUUAGUGUAUUUGACGUACGUUAAGCGCUGAAGUUAAACCUCUACGCGAAGUUAAAUAUUUUUAACAUUUACCAUUCUCAGUAACGCAAUGGAAGCUAAUGAUGAUAUUUACCGUUUUGACGGAAAACAACAACAAGAUCUGCUAGCUGCAAAACCUUGGGCUUCAGACCCUCGAUUUUUUAAAGCAGUCAAGAUUUCUGUUAAUGCAUUGCUGAAAAUGAUGAUGCAUGCAAGAACUGGUGGAAAAAUUGAAGUUAUGGGUAUGCUUUUUGGAAAAGUCGCAAUUGGAACAAUGAUUGUUAUGGAUUGUUUUGCUUUGCCUGUAGAAGGUUCUGAAACUAGAGUAAAUGCACAUACUGAAGCAUAUGAAUACAUGUCUACCUUCCUAAAUUCUGCAAGAAAGGUUAAUCGCUUAGAAAACGUUAUUGGAUGGUACCACAGCCAUCCUGGUUAUGGUUGUUGGCUGUCAGGAAUUGAUGUUAAUACUGAAAUGAUAAACCAGGCAUUUCAAGAUCCAUUUCUUGCGAUUGUGGUGGAUCCUGUCAGAACCAUAGCAACAAAUAGAGUACAUUUGGGAGCCUUCCGAACUCUUCCUGUGGAAAUUAUAGCUUCUCUGAAAGAAGAAAUUUCUCCUGAAUACCAGUCAAUUCCUUUAGAGAAAAUUGAAGAUUUUGGAGCUUAUGCUAAUGCAUACUAUUCAUUAAAAGUAUCAUAUUUUCAGUCAGAAUUGGAUUCCAAGUUAAUUGGAGCUAUGUCAACCGAGUCAGCUUCUAACACUCUUAAAUCGCCAAGUAUUUUUACGUAUCCUGGUUAUACAACAGACCAAGUGUUAGACAUAGUCAGAAAGCUAAAAACUUCAGAACAGCAAAUCAUUGAUAAUGAUACUGAUGUUAGGUAUGAUUACGAAAGAAUGGAGCGAGACACUAAUUUGGAAAAAGCAGCAAGAGAUGGCUGCAAAUUGAUCACUGAAGUGAUCAGAGGUAUCAUGACACAAAUAAUUAAAGACCGACUAUUUAAUCAAGUAAAUCUCAAAUAAAUUGUAUUUAAAACUGUUUUAAGACAGUUUAAGAUUGUCUUUCAAAUUUGUAUUUUGAGCUUUUAAAACAGUCAUUUUUGUAUUGUGAGAUUUUAAAACUCAUUUUUAUAUUUUGAGUUUUUUUUUUUUAACUUUUGUAUUGUUUGCCAAAUAAACUUUAUAAAAAUGUGCAUUAUAAAGUUUUAUUUUAAAGUUUGCAUAUUUGUUUCAUAUUUGAUCACAAAUAUUCGAUAAUGAACAAUGUUGAGCGAGUAAAUAAUUUAUAGUAUAUAAUCCUCAUAUAAUUAUGUAUUAAACAAUCCUUAUCAUUAAAGCAUUUUAAAAACUC